AUGGUUCGCUUCAUCACUGACUCCCGAGCGCCUCCGAUGCAGAAGUCCCCACUCCUUGUUAUCGGCGCGGGACUGCCUCGUACUGCAACGUCCUCGCUCCAAGCGGCACUAGAAGAACUCGGCUUUGACCCAUGCCUCCACAUGGCACACAUAAUCCCUCAUACAAACCGUAUGCAAAUACUGUUAGAUGCAGCCCGUGAAACGGACAUUAUUAUACGCCAAAAACUCAUACAUCAACUUUUGGAUGGCUACGCGGCAGUGUGCGAUAUGCCUGCCGUCUUUUUUCUUGAUGACUUACUGGACAUGUUUCCUGAUGCAGUAAUAAUCCUAAGUGGCCGCACCCAACCUGAGACAUGGGCAAAAAGCUGUUCUGAGAGCCUGGGUUUCUUCUUCACCCGCCGAUUUUACUGGACCUGCUUCCUAUGGAAAACCGACCGUCAGUGGUUUCGCUUGAAUAUGCGUAUUUUGGAUUGGUGCAAGGAAAAGUUGGGAGAAACACAGAUAUUCUCCGGAAAUAUGUAUGAUAAGUAUAAUGAUUCGGUGAGAGCAACUGCAAAACAUCAUGGACGGGAUAUUUUGGAGUUCAAGGCAGAGGAUGGGUGGGAGCCACUCUGUGAAUACCUGGGCAAAGAUGUUCCAAAUAAAGAAUUCCCCAAGGUAAACGAAAAAGGCACAUUUGCAAUGAUCAAGAGAAUUAUGAUCAUCAAGGGAUUGCUGAGCUGGGCCGCUCUUGGAGGAGCCGUAUGGGUUGGGUGGAGAUAUGGGUUAGCUUGGGUUCGAUAA